AUGUUAAAUCGUAGGAGAACUUCUGAGAAAAAGGCACCCACAAAAUAUAGACCCAUACAAGACAACAUUCAAGGGACAAUUCUGUAGAAGUGGACAUCACUCUCAAUAAAUAUCAUGUUCUCAUGUAAUAUGUUAUUGGGGUAGGUGGAAUUAGAAGAGUCUGGAAAUCUUUGCAUGAAAGAAAUCAGUAAAGCUUUAGUGCUUUUGAAAUAAAGUGUACAUUGCAUAAUGAGAGAAUUAUAAUUUUUAACUCAAUUGAGACACAAUUUCGUAAUCAAUAUUUUUGCAGCCUUUCAAGAUAAUUAGAAUCUCUAUUUGGUUCUAGAUUAUUUGGGAGGUGGUGAUCUACCAUAUCACUUAGGAAGAUAGAGGAAAUUUGCAGAAUAACAAACAAUUAUUGCAAAACUCCUAUUAUUAAAAUAGAAUUUUUCGCUGCUUGUGUUAUAGUGGGACUGGAGUAUUUGCAUGAGAAUAAUAUAAUACAUAGAGAUAUCAAACCAUAAAAUUUAAUUUUGGAUAAUUCAGUUUAUGUUCAGAUUAUUGAUCUUGGUUUAGCUGUUAAAAAAACUGGCUAAAAUUUCGAAAACACGUGGCACCCCUGGUUUUAUGUCACCUGAAGUCAUAUUCCGAUAAGAUCAUGGAGCAGUUAUCGAUUUUUUUGAUUUUGGAGUAAUUUGCUAUGAAUUCAUGACAGGAAGAAGGCCAUAUUAUGGAAAUAGACGGGAAAUUAGAGAAUAGAUCUUUGCUAAAUAAGUUUUUAUCCAAAGAUCCAAUGAAGGAUGGUCUAAAGAGAAGCCACAGAACAGAUUAAUAAUUCCAAGAUAGCAUAGAUGGUUUAUGAAUUUUUCAUUUGAAUUGCUAAUUCAAAAGUAAUUAAAGGCCCCAUUCAUUCCUAAUAGCUAAGAUAAUUUUGAUAAAUCACAGAUUAUUUAUGAGGAUGAAGAAUACAAUUAAAUCAUAAGAUUGCAUUAACAUAUGAUACUAGAAAGCCAGGAAUAAUUUGAAGGAUUUUAAUAUUAAGAAAGAUCGCAAUAAUUUCUAAUUAAUAUUGUAAUUAAAUUGAUUGGCUUUAUAUAUUUGUGUAAUUUCUUUUAUUUUUUUAAAUCUUAUAAUUAUCAUAUCUUUUACUUUAAUUGA